UGAAGGCUGUGGAUUGCCUUCCCGGAGAGUCGGUCCUCUGUGCCUGCGUCCUCCUGUGCGCGGGAUCUGGGCCGCUGCGGGAAAGGAAUAAUGCUGUCAUCAUGUCUGCACACUCCAUGCUUUGUGAGAGAAUCACCAUAGCCAAGGAACUGAUCAAGAGGGCAGAAUCACUUUCUAGAUCAAGAAAAGGUGGCAUAGAAGGUGGUGCAAAGCUGUGCAGCAAAUUGAAGGCAGAAUUAAAAUUCUUACAGAAGGUAGAAGCUGGUAAAGUAGCUAUUAAAGAAUCUCAUUUACAAAGCACAAAUCUAACACACUUGAGAGCCAUUGUGGAAUCGGCAGAAAACCUGGAAGAAGUUGUCAGUGUCCUUCAUGUUUUUGGUUACACAGAUACCUUGGGAGAAAAGCAGACCCUUGUGGUGGAUGUUGUCGCAAAUGGUGGGAAAGCCAUUGGCCGAAAGGCUGAAGCGCUGCAUAACAUCUGGCUGGGCAGGGGCCAGUAUGGUGACAAAAGCAUCAUUGAGCAGGCUGAGGACUUCCUCCAGGCCAGUCACCAGCAGCCAGUGCAGUACAGCAACCCUCACAUCAUAUUUGCAUUUUAUAACAGUGUCUCUAGCCCCAUGGCAGAAAAGCUGAAAGAAAUGGGCAUAUCUGUAAGAGGAGACAUUGUAGCGGUCAACUGUCUGCUAGAACACCCUGAGGAGCUCCGACUGAGUGAGAGCGAGUCAGAUGACGAGGGCCCAGAACUUCUGCAGGUGACAAGAGUAGACCGAGAAAAUAUACUCGCAAGUGUUGCAUUUCCAACAGAGAUCAAGGUUGACGUGUGCAGGAGAGUAAAUCUGGACAUUACUACUUUAAUCACAUAUGUAUCUGCCCUGAGUUAUGGAGGCUGCCACUUCAUCUUCAAAGAAAAAGUACUCACGGAACAAGCCGAGCAAGAGAGGAAAGAGCAGGUUCUACCUCAGCUAGAGGCAUUUAUGAAGGACAAGGAGCUGUUUGCCUGUGAAUCUGCUGUCAAGGAUUUUCAGUCCAUUCUAGAUACCUUAGGGGGACCUGGAGAGAGAGAGAGGGCUACUCUACUAAUUAAACGAAUCAGUGUUGUGCCAGACCAGCCUUCUGAGCGUGCCUUGAGACUAGUGGCCAGUUCAAAAAUUAACAGCGGUUCAUUAACAAUUUUUGGAACAGCAGAUUCCUUGAAAGCCAUCACAAUGACUGCCAAUAGUGGUUUUGUCAGAGCUGCAAACAACCAGGGUGUUAAGUUCAGUGUGUUUAUUCAUCAGCCCAGAGCACUUACUGAGAGUAAAGAGGCUUUGGCCAUGCCCUUGCCAAAAGACUUCACAAACGAUAGCAUGUACUAACUAAUGGUAUCUUUUAAAUGUCAUGGAAAUAAGUUAUUUAUACCAAAGGCUGGCAAUUCCCAUCUAAAUUGGGGGGGAAAGGUUGAUAGUAAAAAAUGAUGUUUAGAACUCUUAAACAUUUAAGUAGAAUUUUGUGUGUGUUUCAUCAUUUGAAGUCUGUAAAAAUUAGAAAAAGCACAAGAGAAUUUUAUUUAUAUUAUAUUACAAACUACAUACAGCAGUUAAGAGCAGAAAUAUAUCUGUAUGAAGCUUUUAGCUGUCUUGGAAGACUUGUUAGGUUCCAAAGGGCUUCAGCCCUCACUACAGGUAAUCAUGGAAUAUGGCUACAUGAUUCUUUAAUUCAU